GUUGGUGGUGCGCACAGGUGAUCGUCAGUCAGUCAGUCAGGCUCGCUGUGGAUCGGGGGCGAACAUGGGCAAACUUCAGCAGUUUGAGAUCACGUUUGACAAAAACAAAGUGGUGUACAGUCCGGGAGAGUCUAUUUCUGGAACCGUGACAGUCAAACUGGGCCAGUCGCUGCAGUGUAAAGCCAUCAAAGUGAACUGCAAUGGUUUCUGUGGUGUCACCACUAAGGUAAAUGACACGGCAUGGACUCUGGAGGAACAGUACUUCAACAGCACCAUCUCUGUUGCAGACAAAGGAACCCUGAAACAGGGAGAACACAAAUUUCCCUUCAAGUUCCUCAUACCAGACUCUGCCCCGACAUCUUAUGAAGGGAACUAUGGUAAGAUCAUUUACAGAGUGAGAGUGUUCAUCGACACACCGCGAUUUGCCAAGGACUACAACACAGAGAAAGCCUUCUACCUGCUAAGGCCUCUAAAUCUGAACGAGCUGCCAGACAUAUGGGGAACCUGUUCAUCUGCAGUGACUCAGCAGUUCACUUACAUGCUCAUGAAAACGGGCACGGUGGUCAUGAAAGCCCAGACCAACAUGAAGGGUUACACACCAGGCCAGAUCAUCCAGGUGAUGACCAACAUCCACAACCAGUCUGGGAAGAACUCGGGCAACAUGGCGGCCAGCCUGAUGCAGAGAGUGACCUAUGAGACAAAGAAGCCCACCCAUGACGUGAGGACAAUCGCAGAGGUGGAGGGUGGUGUGGUGAAAGCCGGCAAGGAGGUGGAGUGGAAGGAGCAGAUCAUUGUUCCUCCUCUUCCUCAGUCCUCCCUCGUUGGCUGUGAUCUCAUAAAGAUCGAAUAUUUUGUCAAAGUCAGUCUGAAAUCUCCAGACGUCAUGUUGACGUUACCCGUCCACAUCGGGAACGUCUCACUCGACAACAAAUUGCAAAAAACAGCAGCUCCUCCUUCCUCUGCUGCAGCUGAAGCUACAUCAGCCCCUACCUCUACCCCCGACACUUCAGCCUCCACCUCUGCCACCACCCCCACACUGCCCCCACGCCCUGCCCCAAAACCCGCUCCCCGUCCUGCGCCUCGCGCAAGGAUAUCCUCCCAUAAUUCCCCCAGCGCUCCUCCAGCUGACUACCACCAGGGAGCAGAGGGUGGGACUCCAGUGAACGAUGGCUACCCCAACAAGCGCCAGUCUCAGCUGGUGUCACCACAUGCUUUCAGCUAUGCCCCAGGCCUGUUUUUCUCCCAGAACCAGCAGAACAAUGGGCCUGCCACUACACCCAGUGCACCCACAGCACCUUACCCAACUGAGGGUGCUAGCUCAAUGCCACCACUACUCAUC